UCUCUCUCCCUCUAUUAUCUCUCCCUCCCUCUCACACACAGGCCAUAUGACUGAGUCAAGCUCAGUUUUUAGUUUGUAGCCGUGUUGAGAUAAGGCUUUCUGGGAAACACAGCCUUGUUGAACAGCAUUCCAGUUAGAAAUAACCAUGUCGGCUCAACAGCUGGGACUUUCUGAAACGCUCUAAAACACUUGGAUAUAGAAAGUCAUCCUUCUAAGAUGUCCCUGAAGGCCAUGUCUGCGCCGCGCUCGUCUGUGUUUACAUUUGAGUCUACAGUUCAUUCCUCCCAUGUGCUGGGCCGGCUUGACGAGCAGCGUCGCCGGGACACGCUGUGUGAUGUUACCGUGGUGGUGGAAGGUCAGAGUUUCAGAGCGCACCGCUCAGUGCUCGCUUCCUGUAGCGAGUACUUCACACACAGGAUCUCGUCGCUCACACAGCAAGGAGCGGUCAUCAGUCUGCCGCAGGAGGUGUCAGUCGCUGGCUUUGAACCCUUGCUGAAGUUUGCCUACACAUCCAAACUCCUCUUCGGAAAAGACGACGUGCUAGAAGUACGAAACUCAGCCUCCAUUCUUGGUUUCAGGGACCUGGACGAGGCUUGCUUUGAGUUCCUCCUCCCUAAGUUCUCCUCUAGCACCCAGGGCUCUGCUCUUUUUCCAAGAAAGACCUGCUGUAAAAAGAAUUGCAAGAGGCAAUUAUCAGACGACGGCAUAGGCAUAUACUCUGACGAAGUUUUGUUGGAUGAGAAAGCAGUAAAACCAGUUGCUGAGUCACCAUUUCAGCAGGAAGAGGCUUUUCUGUUUAACAAAUCAGUCAACAGCCAAUUGGGAAGUCAGAGCAGCUCAGGCACUCUUACACCUGUAACUGAAGAGACAAAUUACAUCUUUCAACAAGGUCCGAAGUAUCGCAAGUUCCAGCUAGCCUGUGGGAAGGAAACUUGUUUCCCAGAGAAAAGUGUGAACAAUCCCCUCACAGUUAUCAGUAAUGACUGUGACCUCUCCUGUUCCCCAUGCUGCAGCAGUUUGAACAUUAAGAAUGAAAGUGAGGUCGAAUUCUCUGGAAAUUCAUCCUCAACUCUCGUCCGACAGAGCAGAGGCGAGGCUGAUGACUCGAGGAAAUUUGAAAUACAUGACAGGACAACGGAGGCUGAUAUUAUUAAGGCAGAAACAGAUGAAACGCAGGAAAGGAGGGAAAAUGAAGAAGAAAUGCAUAUGGAGGAAGGCGUCAGCUGUUCAGUCCUAUCCAGAGCCAACGCAGUCGCCUUGGGGCCAAGUACAACGCCUUUUGGGGGGCCAUCAGGGUCAAUAAUGCACCAUUGCCCCUUGAAAACCCUCAGUGACUGCCCUGCCAUCACUGGGUCAGUAGGACACAAGAGGUUCGUCAUGGACAUUACAGAGGACGGGAAAACAAGGGACUUUGGUUUACAAGUAUCCAUUCAUCAUGAGGCAAAGGAAGAGAAAGAGGCAGAGCAGAGAAGGGUCAAUGAUGAGAUAGAAAGAGGGCAAACAGUUAGCAUGGAGAGAGCAAUGAAUAAUGCCAGAGAAAGGAGCACCGUGGAGAGAGAGGUGGCUGAACACCUAGUUAAGUGUCAGGGUUCCGACUGGCAUUCAACCCAACCAAACUUCCAUGAUGGGAGUUGUUACCAAACAGGGAGCAGACAGAGUGGACAUGGCGCUCCUUCAGAGUGGCCCCACGUCAACCUCAGCUUCACCACGAGCUGCCCCUUCAUCCAAGAUCUGGACCAGGGCAAAUGUUUGCGGAAGGGAGCAGAUCUGUCUGAGUGCGAGGGGGCUUCUCAGUCAGGAGUGUCGUCCUUUAACUCGGGGGAGGACGGAGACACCGAGACGGAAACAGAGGGAGACAGCGAGGCCUACACGAGAGAGAGGGCCAGACAGAUGCAGUUGCCCUUCUCUGUAGACUGGAUUGUGGAUCAAAGCAGAAAUGAAUUCCAACAACUCCUGAAGACGCAGGAGUUUACACGUGAACAGCUGGAGUUUGUGCACGAUAUGAGACGGCGCAGCAAGAACCGCCUCGCAGCCCAGCGUUGCCGUAAGAGGAAACUAGACUGCAUCUAUAACCUGCAGUGUGAAAUCAACAAGCUGAAGACGGAGAGGGAGAAACUGAUCACGGAGAGGAGCCAGCUGAGUCAGCUGAAGUUGAAAACAUGUCACAAUGUCACCGCUCUGUGCCAGAAGGUCUGCAGUGAAGCCGACCUGCAGCCAGACCAGCUACAGGUGUUAGCCAAAUACACCUCCCCAGACUGCCCUCUGUCCACUCUCAUUCCUCACAUAGACACACUCCUUUCACAGCCCGAGCUGCAACACCGGCUUCAGGCGUCCCUCUCGGCCCCUUCUAUGGGCCCUCACCAGUACGGGGCUUCAGAGCAGGCUUUCUCUAGCUCCAGCAAGGAUGCAUUCACAGGUGACGGUCCACAUUAGCUACAUAUCAAAGCAAAUCAAAAGUCAUGGGGUGGUAAAACGUGUGGUAAUCUUGUGAAACCAAAGAUUUCACAACACCUUGUGUGUAAGGACAUAACAUGGACGGUGACUUGUGUACAGGCUGCAAUAUAAAGCAGACAAACACUUGUGAGCUCAUUAGUGUGAUAACUCCCCUCUAAUGACAAUGUCAUGAGAAGCACAAUUUUUACUUAACAUUUUUCAAUUCAAAAAUGAGACAGCGAUGCAUUCCUAUAUUUGACUUUUCCAACCAUUAUAUUGUGUUUCAGAACUUUCUGUAGUGUAUGCCUCCAGCUUUGCAAAAAAUGAUUCUUACUGUUAGUUUUGUGGUAAAAAAAAAAAAAAAAAAAACCUUCUGUCAAAUCAAUGCUGCCAUAUUGAAUGUUUUAAAAAAAACAAAGUUUAUUUUAAAGAGACAAUCACAACUUUAAUCAAACAUCAUAAAUAAUCAUCUCUGUAAGUGUAUGUAAUGUGCUUCUAUGCUCAGCAACCUCAGGACUCAUACUUAUGUACACAGAUGACUUUAUUAUAAAAAAAACAAAAAAAAAAACAUUUUGGUACUUUUUAACAAAAAGAUUCUCAGGUCAUGAUAGUAAGAUUCAGUACACUCAUUACCUCUUGCACUCAGUUCAGAACGACAUUUUGCACCGCGACUAGACCACUCAUCAAAUAGACUUGACACAGCGUGCGAUGUUUACUUUCUGACUCUUAAGAUUUCAUGCUGUCCUUGUGGCCUCCUGACCACAGUGACACAGCUCUCCUCAGCUGCACUCACCAGGACAGACCUCACAAACUGACCUUAAUAUGUUUCAUGUGCUGUUUUAAAAAGCCCACACCUUAAAUGCUGCCUCACAAUGUGUGAUUACAAUAUUAGAAGUCUUUAAGUGUGUGUCUGUUCUAAGUACGUAACCAACUACCUGGUUAUCUCUGACAACCUUAUCUAUAUUACAGUCAAGGGUCAAGAGAACAAUGUAGCUAUAUUUUAAAGACGGUUACAGUACGAGCUGAUUUAUGUUUUUAUUUUGUGCCAGGCAUUAUUUACAGUACUAUCAUUCUGGUUUUCGUUCUUGAAGCUUUUUCGGUUCCAAUUUUCUCCCUGCCUAUACAAAAGCACAUCUUCAACACUUUGCAAUGUAUUCCUCACUCCUAGUGAUCAAUGUUGACUAUAUCAUAUGCACAAUUAUGUAUGGAUUUAAUUGUAUUCUUUUCACUCAUUACAGCUGUUGGAAAAUGCAGCUGUUUUUGAUUUAAGCUCAAAUGAUUAAUUCAGUAACAAUACAAAAAACAUUGGUUUUAAUGAGGAAAUGCUGAGUAAGCACACUAAAUGUUUGAAGACUGUGUCUUUUUUUAGGGUGUGAAAAUGUUUAGAGAUGAUGAAUGAUGUAGGAAUGUUUUUUUUUUAUGUCGUAAUUUUCUUCAGCUGUACUUUCAAAGCAAUGCAUGAAAACACUGGCGCUAACGCCCCCUAGUGGCAGUGCACGCACAGUCACUUGAGUUGUACAGAUGUGUUCAUUAUGCUGCACAAAUAGCAUUUUUUUACUGUUGUCAUAUAAUUUCUAUUACACAAAUGACAUUCCUCUCGUUCCAUGACAAUGUCCAAAUGGAUUCCUGCAUUUUUUAAGCAAAAGUGACACUGAACAAAUCAACAUUAAAAUGUGUAAAAAAAAAAAAAAUCCUCUAAAUAGUCAAAGCUGUCUGUUAUCAUCCUCUAUUCACUGAGAUGGGAGCUAGUGCAAUGCAGUGUCAUUGAAAAGUCAUCAGUAAGGUUAAUGAGAUGUAAAAUCUGUCAGCGUUCAGUGUGAGUGAUGAAUAGCCAAGCUCACGAGGUCUUCAGAGAACUCAUCUCUCAACCUGGACAGAUAUAUUAAUGAUUGAAUACCUCGCUUAGCCUUUCAAGUUUCUCCCUCCUGAGUCCAACUCACUCUCUCCGGCUCUCUGUUACUUUUAAUCUACUCUAAGUUUCUCUUCACUCUUUCCUCGAGCCCUCCUCUCUGUUUUCUCUCUGGAGGAUAUUAAAUCAGCAAAGUCUGUUUUUACAUCUCUUUUUCUAAACUUAACCUAAUACUCCCAGAAUGACUACUAACCUAAACUGAAGUCUAUAAAUCACGGUAAUGCUGCUCAUUCUCACUGGCUAUGAUCAUAGAGAGCGACUUAAUGGGGAUAUCAGCUCCCUCAGUUUAAUAGAUUUUGGCACAGGGGAGUGGGAACAGAAAGUGGCUGAGGUCCCAGGGCUUUGAGAGGAGAAAUUCGCCCUCACAGAGGAGGUCAUUUGCUCGGGUUUUCACACGCUGUAAUUAAGUCUUAAAUCCAGUUAUUCUCAAGUGACUGCACUUCACUUUAGGGCAUCAGUGUGUUGCGUUGUUGUAUAGCCUCAGAAAUCAGGUAAUCUAUGUCUCAAAGUGAGAUAUCACCUAUACUAUGAACGUUGUUGUAGUUUUAUUCAGAAAAAAAGGAGAGGUAAGCAAAUGGUAAUUAAAAAAAGGAAAAACCCUUUCAGAAUGCUGUGCUGCUGCUGCUGUGCUCUUAGUUUGCCAGCAGAUGGCAUCACAUGAACAUGUAUUAACAGAGGACAGAGGGGAAAAAAGGUUUGAUAGUGAUCAGUUGAAGCUUUCUUUUAGAUUGAAGAUUAAUGUGUGUCCAGACAAACUCUAUUGCUCUUCAUGUGGUUAAACCUGCUGCAUAUGUUAUUAUCUGCGUUUUAAGGCAUGAUCUGCUAGCUAUAGUCUGAAUUCUGAUAGAAAAUAUCUUACAAGCUGCUGAAUUAGACCUGUUUGAUUCUCGUCUUUAGCUGCAUUCCCCCCUAAUGAGCUGCCUCUAAUCUUUUGUCGCUGCAAGAUUUAAGUGUCACUUUUGUUCCAUCUCAUUGUCUUCCCUCACUACCUCCUUUCCUACCCAUCCCUCUUCUCUCAGUGUCUCUUUCUCUCAGAGAGAAUAUGUGGGUGUUUUUUUUCUGUAGGUGGUUCUCUGGCACAGCCGGAGAAUCACAGCGAGCACAAUAUGGUGGGCUCAUAAUCCCAAUAAUGAAUAGUUAGAUCCGUGCCAGCUGUUGUCGUAGGAAGAGUUAACAAGACAAGAACUUUGGGAUUUUUUCCCACCCGAAAUGAAAUUAAAAGUUGAGUCAUAUUGUUUAAUUGUUAUUUCCAUCUUUGGAAUUAGAAUUAGAAUUCUAACAUUAUUACUGUUACUCUUUCAACUCCAUUUAUGUUCAGGACAUUGUUGAAGUCAGGAGAGAGCUUGUUUUGUACUCUGUGUGCCUAUUUAUUUAUGUUUUAUAUCUUUUUGAUAUCAUUUGAUGAAUUCCAGAUGAUAAAAGUUGUCCAAAGUGG